AACACGCGGGCGGAGAGCAAAGGAUGAGGCGCUGUGAGGCGCCUCCCGCUGCCUAAGCCCCAUUACCUCAGCGAGCAGCAAAGCUCUUCUCGCUUUUCUUUCAGUCGGACUGAGAAGGGAUGUGCACAGCGCAUGCGUGGAGCUCUUAAAGGGGAGGACUAAGAUUAAAGGGAAUGGGGAAAGUUUCCGAGUUUGAGCAAUACGAGGGUGUGGGAGGGGAGGGAGGAGGCGCUUCUGCUUUCGGGGGUCCGAGAGCGGCGAGGCGGACUCAAAGAUGAAUAACUCCAUAACGCCUUCAACAUAUGUACGUUGCCUCGGCUAUGGCAUGAUGAGGCAGCUGGCAGAUUUCACUGAUCCACAGGAAGGAUGGAAGAAACUAGCAGCAGACAUAAAAAAUCCAUCUGGUACAAACCGAUACAACCAACUGCAUAUAAGGCGAUUUGAAGCAUUAAAGCAAGCGGGAAAGAGCCCCACCUGUGAAUUGCUUUAUGACUGGGGGACACUGAACUGUACAGUUAGUGAUCUAGUGGACCUGCUGAUCAGAAAUCAGUUCUUAGCGCCAGCCAGCCUUUUGCUUCCAGACUCUGUACGAGUGACAGACAAUUCUACAAUGACAUUACCUUCACAAGAAAGUAUGCCAAAAUAUGACCUAGAAACUCCUUUAGAGAAAAACCAUAUGACAUCUGAAGUGCCACUCUCAACCCCAGAUAAUGGACACCACACUGUAGCUUCUUGUAGCCUAACGACAGAAGAGAACGACUUGCAUUUGAAUGACACAGGGUUAAAAAGUUUUUUGUUUCAUGAGCUGCAAAGCGUUACAAAUAACUUUGACGAUCGAACUGUAUCAGCUGGUGGGAACAAGCUGGGCGAAGGAGGCUUUGGCGUUGUGUACAAAGGCUAUAUUAAUGGCAGAACCGUGGCAGUGAAAAAACUUUCUGCUGUAGCUGAUGUAAGCCUUCAAGACCUGAAGCAGCAGUUUGAGCAAGAAAUAAAGAUUAUGGCAAAAUGUCAGCAUGAGAACCUAGUAGAAUUGAUUGGUUUUUCAAGUGACUUGGACCAGCCUUGUCUAGUUUAUGAUUAUAUGCCCAACGGGUCACUACUUGACAGACUAGCUUGUCUGGAUGGCACUGCGCCGAUUUCUUGGAGAACGAGGUGUAACGUUGCUCAAGGUGCAGCCAAUGGCAUCUGUUAUUUACAUGAAAAUAACCACAUUCAUAGAGAUGUUAAAAGUGCAAAUAUCUUACUGACUGAGGAGUUGGUACCCAAACUUUCUGACUUUGGACUUGCAAGGGCAUCAGUACGGUUCACACGUACGAUCAUAACAGACAGAAUAGUAGGGACAGCUGCGUAUAUGGCACCGGAGGCUUUGCGGGGAGAAAUAGGUCCGAAAUCAGACAUUUUCAGCUUUGGUGUGGUGUUACUUGAAAUAAUAACAGGGCUUAAACCCAUGGAUGAAAACCGAGAUCCACAGUUGCUGCUGAGUAUCAAAGAGGAAAUAGAAGAUGAAGAAAUGACUAUUGAAGAUUACAUUGAUGAAAAGAUGAGCAAUUGGAACCUUAUAUCCGUUGAACAGAUGUAUUCGGUUGCUUGCCAGUGCCUGAAUGAAAAGAAGAGCCGGAGGCCAGAUAUUAAGAUGGUCAAGCAACACUUACAAGAAAUACUGGUUGACUAAGGCACUGCUGUAUCUUAUUGAACUAAUUUCCAUACAGUUUCCUUUCUAAAGGCCAAAAUAAAUGGGAACCUGCUUCAAGGACUUAUUCUUACAGUCUCCUCUCUAAGGGCCACAAGAACUGCAGUUUACAAGCUGGAAUACUUAUGACAGAUUCCACUGUAGGCAUAAAGAAUGCCAAAUUUCAAGGAACGCCAAGUUAAAAUCUGGGUAACUGAGAUAAUGCAGAGUACAGAGGUGGCAAGUUUACCAUUUUUUUUGAAGAAUUCAGGUAGCUUAUAUAUUCUGCAUAUACUAUAUGCAAUAUAUGCAAGUCUCUUUAAUAUCUGUACAACAGUCUGAACUCUCUUCAGUUUUGCAUUAUCAAUAGAAUUUUAAAGAGUCUUGUGUAAAAGACUGUCAGGACAAUGCAGUCCUAAGCAGUGUUGCAGCCUGCUAAGCCCCUUGCAGUCAGUUGAGCAGGAAGGAUAUAACUCUGUCUAGGAUUGUAUUAUCAGUUUUAUAAGGCAUCUGCUACAGUGCAAGUUAUGGAGGGGAAAAAAGGGAAACUGACUACAGUUGUGUUACUGACCCUGUCUAUUAAUGAUAUAGAUUAAGGAUCAAAGCAGACCUGAGGCUUUUUGCAAACAAACAUCUAUUUGCUUUUUGCUGUUUCAGCAAUGCUUUCACUGUGACAUCCUUGAGAAAGAUAACUAUGAAUGAAUGCCUAUGUGUCCAGAACUAAGAAAGAACAUUUAUUUCUAUGGAAAAUUCAUUCUAAAUGGAGAGGUGCUUACCUCACCUUCUGAAGGAACCAGUAGAAUGGUUUUGAUACAGUCAUGUGAGUUUCAUGUAAUUGGGCAUAUAUAGUAGGCACACCCAAUACACCCCUGAAUCUCUUUAUUGUGGGUUGUGUGAGACUAUCUUAUGUUUCUGAAAGCACUUUGGUGAGAAUCUUAGAAAUUGUAUUUUAUCUUUUAAAUUUUAGAUGACGUGUACUUUUCUGCUUCUAAUUUCAUCGACAUAUGCACAUUUUUGUAUCAUUGUGAUUCUUUUAUAUUUAAUCAUUUUGAAAGAGACUGGUUUUAAAUAAAAAUCUUUA